UCCUCUUGUCUCUCCAUCAUAAAGUAAAUACAUAAGAAAUGCAUUAUUUUGGAGUAUUAGCUGCACUGUCUGUUUUCAAUAUCAUUGCCUGCCUGACAAGAGGGAAGCCUUUGAAAAACUGGGACAAGCUACCAGUUAUGGGAGAGUCUGAUGCAUUCUUUCAUGAUCCUGGGGAAGUGGAAGAUGAGACCCAUUUUGACUUUAAAUCUUUUCUGGAGAAUAUGAAGACAGAUUUACUAAGAAGUUUGAAUUUAUCAAGGGUUCCCUCACAAGUGAAGACCAAAGAAGAACCACCACAGUUUAUGAUUGAUUUAUACAACAGAUACACAGCAGACAAGUCCUCCAUCCCUGCAUCCAACAUCGUAAGGAGCUUCAGCACUGAAGGUGUUGUUUCUUUAACUUCACCAGAAGAAAACUCAUUUCAGAAACACAUCUUGCUGUUCAACAUCUCUAUUCCACGGUAUGAGGAAAUCACCAGAGCUGAACUGAGAAUCUUUGUCUCCUGUCACAAGGAAGUUGGGUCUCCCUUCAGACUGGAAGGCAACAUGCUCAUUUAUGAUGUUCUAGAUGGAGACCAUUGGGAAAACAAAGAAAAUAGCAAAUCUUUGCUUGUCUCCCACAGUAUUCAGGAGUGUGGCUGGGAGAUGUUUGAAGUGUCCAGAGCUGUGAAAAGAUGGGUCAAGGCAGACAAGAUGAAGACUAAAAACAAGCUAGAGGUUGUUAUAGAGAGUAAGGCUCUGGGUGGUUUCCCUUGUGGGAAGCUGGAUAUUAGUGUUACUCGUGACACUAAAAAUCUGCCCCUGUUAGUAGUAUUCUCCAAUGAUCGCAGCAAUGGGACAAAAGAGACCAAAGUAGAGCUCCGGGAGAUGAUUAUUCAUGAACAAGAAAAUGUGCUAGACAAAUUAGGAAAGAACAACUCUUCAUCUGAAGAAGAACAGAGAGAGGAAAAAGCCAUCACUAGGCCCCAUCAGCAUUCGUCCAGAAGUAAGAGAAGCAUUGGAGCAAACCACUGUCGGAGAACUUCGCUCCAUGUGAACUUUAAAGAGAUUGGUUGGGAUUCUUGGAUCAUUGCACCCAAAGAUUAUGAGGCUUUUGAGUGUAAAGGAGGUUGCUUUUUCCCUCUGACAGAUAAUGUUACGCCAACAAAACAUGCUAUUGUCCAGACUCUGGUGCAUCUCCAAAACCCGAAGAAAGCUUCCAAGGCUUGUUGUGUUCCAACUAAAUUGGAUUCAAUCUCUAUUCUCUAUAAGGAUGAUGCUGGUGUGCCCACUUUGAUAUAUAACUAUGAAGGGAUGAAAGUGGCAGAAUGUGGCUGCAGGUAG